AUGAUUCAGGCGCGUCUAAUCUACUGGAUUGGAGCCUUCGUCCCACUAUGCUGGGGUCAAGAAGCGGGAUGGAUUCUGGAUCAGGUAAAUGCAACGAUGUGUUACUGGACAUCUCCUCGAGCUGCUGUGGUGCGAGAUACAUUUUAUCUAGAUGGAGGACAACUAUUUUGGGAGCCUGGCUUGAGUGAUGGGUCAUACGCUACUCCUGUUGCUGAUGGAAAUCCUCUUGGACUCGUAUAUCUUCUCAACUUUAACACUUCCUUUCAUAUAUCCGACAAUGUUAGUACUAUCUUUAGUACUAUAUCCAAGGCGCCGAAUGGGGGAUCCGCCAGCAAUCUGGGACCAAAUUAUGUUGAUGGAGCAAUGUUUGCGAAUGAUUUUGAAUGGUACACAUAUGGCGGAAUGUUGGUUUUCACAGAUGCCUUCUCUUCACCAGACGAAGAUUCCGCUAUAUCAUACGAAGUCUAUACGGAUGGUACUCCCGGCAAGCAAUUCUUCCAAAACUUUGAGCAGAUUAAACUACCAACAAACUUAACAAGAUAUGUUACCUAUGGAGGAGCCGUCAGUAUUCCAUCUGAAAAUCUAGGAUACUACUUUUCAGGAUACAGAGCCGCAGACUUUGGGGAUAUUUAUAAUGAUCCGGGCAUAAAAAAUGCAUCCUACCUAGCAAACGUGACAUCUCAAACUUUGAUCAGUGUUGAUAUGACGAGUCAAACCUCGUCAAAGUGGUAUAACGAGUCUUUACCGUCGACUGUUCCGGGCCGUGCUAAUCCUGAGAUUGCCUGGAUUCCAGUUUCGGAGCAGGGAAUACUAGUCGCAGUUGGUGGAGUCAUUGAUCCUACCUAUGCUAGUAUUACCCAAGCAAACAAUCAAUCUAUUAAUGCCCAAAGUAGCCAAAUCAGUCCAGGUUUCAUGAGGACGGUUUCCAUCUACGACAUUUCCAAGAAAGUUUGGUACGAACAAGAAACAACUGGAAGUUCUCCUGGUGCUUUGACCCAAGGAUGCACUGUGGUUGCCUCUGCCGAAGAUGGUUCAAGUCACAAUAUAUAUUGGUAUGGAGGUUAUGACGGCAUUCAUAUUACACAACCCUUCUCGGAUGAUGUAUAUGUUCUUUCGAUACCCUCAUUCAUAUGGACAAAGGUUUACACUGGUAACAGUACUCAUGGUCGGGCUGGACAUAAAUGUGCCAAGCCAUACCCAGAUCAAAUGGUUGUUGUAGGUGGCUACACUUCGCUGAGUGGCUACAUACCAAAAUGCCUUGAAGGUGGUAUGAUCCAAAUAUUCAAUCUGAGUGAUCCUCAAUGGCUGGAUUCAUAUGACCCUCUGGUUUGGAGCAAUUAUACUGUACCUAGCCAGGUUGUUUCCGUUAUUGGGGGUUCCGGGACUGGUAGCGCUACACAAACCGCACCUUCAGGCGGAUUCGCAAAUUCAAGUAUGACAGAACUUCUAGGGACUGCCUACAACACAACCAAGAUCACUAAUUGGUACCCAUACACACCAGCUUCAUCCACUCCUACCAACAACCGAACAACGCUGCUUCCUUCAGCGGUUGCUGCUAAAUCAGGAACGCCUGCAUAUCUUGGACCUGUUUUAGGUGUAGUUCUGGGUCUUUUCUUCAUCACACUUCUCAUCUUAGCCUUCAUAAUAUAUCGGCGUCGCAAGAUUUUUGGACUUUCAAGAUCAGAACGACAAAGCGAAGCUGGAACUAUGACUGAAAAUCGUCGACGGACUCUUCGCUGGCUUUAUGCUACACCUAGAGAUGCAAAAGCUCCUACAGUCACCACAGAUGAAACAGAGCUGAAUGCGAUAUCCUCAGAAGCUGAUACUGAUUACACACGCGUAUUUGCUGAGAUGCCUGGUGAUACUCAAUUUCACGAAAUGGACGAUACAUCCCGUCCCUCCGAACUCCACAACACGGGCUUUGUAUUUACAUCCCCCAAGUCUAACGUCUGGAAUAAUAUUUCCAGCGUUCAAACCCCCAUCGCCCAUUCCCCAUCCGCUAGCUCCAAUCGCUCUCAAGCCAGUACCGUGUCACGAACCUCGGGUCUAAGACCAUCUCCUAUCUCUCCCGCGCGUGCAGAUAGUUUAACACUUAAUGAACAAGCGGGAGAUACGUCGAGAGACCGGAUUCAUAGUGAUCUUAGUAGCGUGGCAGAAAGUGAUAGGGGCCAUUUGAGACAAAUUAGUGAUACAAGCGUGAGUGUAGAUGGAGAUUAUGGAAACCCCCCAAUGCCAGAUAUACAGGUUGAGAGACCGAAUGAUGAUGAGCAUGGAUUUGAACGUGGGCCAUUUGAGAGACCUGGGAUAGUUAGCCCGUUGACGCCACCGCAGGGAGUGGGCGAGGGUAGACACCAUUAUUUUGGUCCGGAUAGUGUCGGUGCCGGUAGUAUGCAUAAUGCACAGGUGGCUGAUACGAGGAGGAAGAGUAAUUUUGAGGAAAAUUUGGAUGAUUAA